AUGGACCUGGAAGAGCAAAAGGAGGUUUGGAGGAAGGAGCAACUGGAGCUUGCAUCGCAAGUGGAGGUUCUGGCGGAUGAAUCCACGAGCAGCGAUCGCUUUCAGUCCUUGCCGUUAAUUCCACUGGAGACUUCUUCUACUGAUGAUGGCACCAAGGACAGUCCUCUCUACUAUGGUGGUGUAGAUGUAAGCUUUCCAACGGAUGAAAAUGACCAAUCUGUGGCUGUCUACGUGAUUGUGGAAUGCCCCUCUGGAAAGGUGGUGUAUAAAGAUCAUGAAUAUUAUUCCUUGACCAUGCCCUACAUUCCAUCCUAUUUGGCAUUUCGAGAGAUUGAACCACUGGAACGACUGAUUCAAAAGCAGCGCAAGGAACAACCCAAAUUGACUCCUAGAGCCAUUCUGGUGGACGGAAAUGGGGUCUUGCAUCCUCGCAAGGCCGGAAUUGCCUGUUUUGUCGGUGUACGAACGGGCAUACCAACCAUCGGCGUGGGCAAGACGCUUUUCUACGAAGGAAAACUCAACAAGGAUCUGGUGUUGCAGGAAUUGGGAGAAGCCUUGCAUGAUGCCAAGCAAGCGUUCCUCGACAAGGAUACUAACAACGUCAAGAAUUCACAAUCCAAAACAACAUCAAAGUCACCACUUUGUGACACCAUCAUUAUGGAUUCCAAAACCAUCCCCAAGCCCUCGUCCGCCGAAAAAUUGGUGUUGGAUCGAGGUGCACUCGUCAAAGAACUGUCGACCAUAUGCCGCGGGGUGGCGGUUCCCUUGGUCAAUGAAGAGGGAGAAGUGUUGGCGUGUGCUCUGGUGGGCCACGGAGGACUCAUUCGCACCAAGGCAUCCGUGACGACCGGUGGCACCAAGAAUCCAAUUUACAUUUCGGUGGGACACAAACUGUCUCUACAAGAAAGCGUUCGAAUAUGUGCUUCCUUUGCGUUUGCCAAAAUACCCGAACCAGUGAGGCGAGCUGAUCUCAUUGGGAGAGAAUUGUUGCGGUGCAAAGAGGCAGAGAAAAACAAGGGAUGA